AUGGGAAAAGAGAAGACUCACAUUAACAUCGUCGUCAUUGGUCACGUCGAUGCCGGAAAGUCCACUACCACCGGUCAUUUGAUCUACAAGUGUGGAGGUAUCGACAAGCGUGUCAUCGAGAAGUACGAGAAGGAGGCUGCCGAGAUGGGCAAGCAGUCCUUCAAGUACGCUUGGGUCAUGGACAAGUUGAAGGCCGAGCGUGAGAGAGGUAUCACCAUCGAUAUCGCCCUCUGGAAGUUCGAGACCAGCAAGUACUACUUCACCAUCAUUGAUGCCCCAGGCCACAGAGAUUUCAUCAAGAACAUGAUUACUGGUACCUCCCAGGCCGAUUGUGCUGUCCUCGUCAUUGCCUCCCCAACUGGAGAGUUCGAGGCUGGUAUUGCCAAGAACGGUCAGACCCGUGAGCACGCUCUCCUCGCCUACACCCUCGGUGUCAAGCAGAUGAUCGUCGCCAUCAACAAGAUGGACGAGAAGUCCACCAACUACUCUGAGGCCCGUUACACCGAGAUCGUCAAGGAGACCUCUUCCUUCAUCAAGAAGAUCGGUUACAACCCAGAGAAGGUUGCCUUCGUCCCAAUCUCCGGUUGGAACGGUGACAACAUGUUGGAGAAGUCUCCAAACAUGGGCUGGUACAAGGGACCAACUUUGCUCGAGGCCCUCGACGCCAUCGUUGAGCCAAAGAGACCGUCUGACAAGCCACUCCGUAUCCCACUCCAGGAUGUCUACAAGAUCGGAGGUAUCGGAACCGUUCCAGUCGGUCGUGUCGAGACCGGAGUCUUGAAGCCCGGUAUGGUCGUCACCUUCGCCCCAGCUGGUCUCUCCACUGAGGUCAAGUCCGUCGAGAUGCAUCACGAGCAGCUCACCCAAGCCACCCCAGGUGACAACGUUGGUUUCAACGUUAAGAACCUUUCCGUCAAGGAUAUCAAGCGUGGUAUGGUCGCUGGUGACUCCAAGAACGACCCACCCAUCGAGACUGAGAAGUUCACUGCUCAGGUCAUCAUCUUGAACCAUCCAGGUCAGAUCCACGCUGGAUAUGCCCCCGUCCUCGAUUGCCACACUGCCCAUAUUGCCUGCAAGUUCUCCACCAUCCUCGACAAGGUUGACCGUCGUUCUGGUGCCGUCAUUGCCAAGGAGGGAACUGGUGAGAUCAUCUUGAAGAACGGAGAUGCCGCCAUGGUUGAGCUUACCCCAUCCAAGCCAAUGUGCGUUGAGACCUUCACUGACUACCCACCUUUGGGUCGUUUCGCCGUCCGUGACAUGAGACAAACCGUCGCUGUCGGUGUCAUCAAGGGUGUGACCAAGAAGGUUGCCGGAAAGCCAGGUGACAAGAAGGCCGCCGCUGCUGCCCCAGCCAAGAAGAAGUAA